CGUUCUGUCGACAUAUUAUGUCUCUUCCGGCCCUACCAUCUGAUUGUUUUCAUUUUUUUCUUUUCUUUUUGUACAGUGGGCACUGAAGGAGAAGACAUGGCCGCCAUUGUCGCCACCGACAUGUCUCAUGAUCAGAGCCGGUGGGAGUUCAGUUGUGACUCCGAGGUGGAUUUUGAUUCCGAAGAGUAUGCUUCCAUGGUCUAUGCAGCAUUGGUUGUUGAUAAGGCGGUGAUAAACAGUUGCAGCCAGAGAAAGUGAAGAGGCAAAUGUCCUUCUCCAAUGGGAAACUUCCAGUGCACUUUGAGGCAGUAGAGGCAAGGUUUCUUCGUGCAUCAUUUUCAGCUUUUGUUGACAUUCUUACUCCUGCCACAACAACAGUUGAAGAACUUGCUCCAGGAAUGCAAUUGACACUGAUACCGUAUUACCUGCUCAAAUUCUUCCAGGAGUCAAGCUGUAGGUUUUUUCAACUUUUUUCUUUUUUAGUUUAUUUUGUUGUUUCCACCUUUUGGAUGGCAUUCGAUACAAAAGGGAAUGUGUAUAAUUAUGUGCUACUUCAUUCACUUAAAUGAAAGAUGUUAUUGUUG